AUGUACCAGACCGCACCGUCGCGGCAUCACCUUCAACUGGCCGCGCCGCCCCCGUACCCUGGUAUUAAAGAGAGCCGUAACGCAACAUCUCAUCAGAGCCUCUUUGCAGACAGCGACAACGGCAGCGAUUGGAACGACUCGGAGCCCGAGCAGACCACCCACCGAGACGAUAGGGCCAGCACGGGCGACCGCGUCAAAGUCACAACCCGCCAGCGUAUGCCGCUUCCCCGCAGGAAGCCGGUGGUCGUCGAACCUGACACCGACCAAGGCAGCUGGGACGACGGCCAAUAUCAGGGACGGUCAGGCGGUCAAGCUGUUCCAUACGCGCACUACGGCCUUCCGAACAAUCCCUUCCCUCCUCCAGCGGGAGACCCGUAUGUGCAGCCGCAGCCUCCACUUGGCCCCCAUCCCCAGGUCCAGUAUCACCCACCCCAGAGUGGCCCUUUACCGCCAGGUCAGCAAGGCAUGGCAUACGAAAAUCCGUUCGCGCCGUCCGUGAUGCCCUGGCACGGCCAGCAGGCUGGGCCGUACGGCAGUAACCCACCGGCUCCCUUAUACGAACCCCAUCCAGCGUGGUAUCCAGCGGCUGGGUAUGGCAAUGUCCCACCGAAUCCGGCGCACUUGUCCACAGUCCCACCGGAACCGUAUCCUUAUCCCGACCCAGUGACCGAUUACCGUAGGGGCCAUGUGCCCAUUCAAGAUCCGCCUAAUCCGUCUCCCACGUUCGAGCCCGCCCCGCCCCCCCGACGACGCCGGCGGUCGCCGCCGGCGGCCGAGGCCCCCCCGCCAGAGCACGACCUGGACCAUCUCCAGCGGCGGCUCAGAGCUGUCGAGAUAGACAGCCAGAAUGCGGAGGCCCUGCGGCAGGCCGAGAAGGAGCGGGCUCGGGUGGGACGGCAAAAGCGGGAGAUGGACCGGCUGCGGCAUGACUUCAACGCUAGCCUCAGGGAAGCGGUCGACGACAUCCGCCGGGAGAUCCAGAUGGGCCAGUCCGAGUCGCACUCGGAGCCCGGCAGAACGCCGUCACGAAUGGACAGCGGCGGAGGCAGGAGGGCGGGGGGAUUGGCGGCACCCGAGCGGGCCAUCUACGGCGAUCGGGACGUCUGGGCGGAGAGGGGGGAAAGCGGCGGCGGCGGCGGCGGCGAGCAGGAUGUGCUGAUGCGGGAGAUUGCGCAGUUCAUCGAGGGUAAGAGGAGGCUCCAACCGCAGGACCAUGCACCGGGGGCGGCGUUCCGCACGGGGUUGCAGACGGGUCCCGGAUCGGCGCGGGGAUCACGAAUGGACCCCGAAUUGAGGAGCGAGGUCGAGAUGAUCGUCUACGACAUGCUAGGGGGAUCUGACGUAGGGCCGAGGCGGCACCGGCGAGCGUCGUCGCGGUUCCGCGGAGGAGCAGCUUCGGACAGCUUUAACCCCCGCAUCGCGGCGCAGGUCGAUCCUCGAAACUGGCCCCAAGAGGCGUACGAUGUGGGGGUGAGCCCUGCGCCGGUGAAUCGUCUAGCCGACGAGAGGGAGUGGCUGGGCGUACCGCGUAAAGCGAGGAGACCGCGGCCCCGACAAGAGGACACAGGCGGAGCGGGUGCUCCUCAGACACAGGGACCCGGUUCCCAUCAACAGCAACCGCCGCCGCCUCAAGCAAACACUUCAAGACACCAGGCAGGCGCGAGUGCGUUGAGCCCCAGGGCGUGGGGCGCGGGAGGCGGCGGCGGCGGCGGCGAGGAGGAGGCCGCCCCCAGUACCAGAGCAAUGGUCUACCAGAACAGCAUCGCCAACAACGGGGCGCGGGGGCCGGGUCACCCGGGCGGGCUUGCGAGGCAGGGCGGCGCGUACGUGGGCGCCGCCGGGUACGAGAACGAGGACGCAGCGGGGUUCUUCACGGACGACGAGUCGGACGACCCGGAGGUGUUUCGCAAGCGCGACGCCAGCUACCCCGAGUUCCGAGCGGAGCGGGUGCAGCUGCCUCGUGCUCCGAAGCCUCCGCACCUGCGACAGGCCGGGAUGUAG